CCAGGUUAUUUUUUUUUUGAAUCAAAUCCAAUCUCCCUCAGCAACACAGUCAGCUAUUUCUAUUAAAUCCACAACAAAUCUCACCAAAUAAUAAUAGUAUAUUCAUAACUUUCAAAUAUGGCAGACUUCUCUAUCUAUCAAUCAAUCGGCCGUAAUUUGCAACCAAUGGUUGUCGCUGAGGCUCGUUCAUUCCCCGGAAAAGUCACAAAUAAAGAAUUUCUGGAGGUUGCUCAAUAUUUGAGUGAAAUGGUUCAGAAAGAUGAAUAUCAUCUAGCUCUAGGUCGUCCAGACUUCACUAUAUACAUUAUCGAUUUUAAGAUCUGGGAGCACUUCUGUAGGUCAACAUUUAUCUUCCUUGAAUUAUUCUGCUACAUGGCAGAGUCUAACAGUGUAUUACAGUCGCCAUGAAUACCGCCAUAGACUAGGUGCCUUUCACGAGGGUUGAUCCUCCGGGACCACUCAGCAUGGCUGAUUUGAAUCCGUUCCCAGUUUUCUCUUACACUCCUCGUCCACCACACAGCCAGCUAUUGUACCAGGCCAAAAGACGUCGGUUAACAAUGGUGUGGGUGCAGCUGCUCACGCUCAACCUACAUCAACUAAUAGUCAACUUCGUGCGUACCAUCACGGUUUUUCAAUAGAUUAAAUGGAGCAAUUAACGCGGCGAGAGGUUGAUG